CUCAACUAGUAUUGGCCUCUGUAUGGAGACCAAUGGUUACAUACUUCGACAGGAUUUUCUCUCCAAUAAUCGAAUUACUACCCUCAAAACUAUUCACUUGGAAACAUUAGUAGUCGAGGGAGAUGUGGUUGAACAUGUUUUGUCGAAUUGUCUCAAUCUUGAUCGUCUAACCGUCAAUAAUUGUAUAUUUUACUUGUGUGGAUCGGUAGGGAUUUUACCUAAAACACAAGUUGUUGUUUCCUCCUCUAAGCUGAAGCACUUAGAGUUAUAUGACUGCGACAACAUUAAAUCAAUUCAGAUUUCAGCUCCAAAUCUUACUUGGUUUAAAUUCAUGGGUGUUGAUACAAAAAUACAAUAUACUAGUGUUCCGGCGCUUGUAAAUGUAACCUUUGAGGGUGGAUAUUGGUACCACGAUCGCAAAUUGAACGUCUUUUCAAACUUUUCUAAUCAACUUGAGCAACUCUCUCUUUCCUGGUCUCUAAAGAAAAAAUCUCUUCCAACUAAGUUUCCGAGUUUUCCUAAUGUUAAGCAAUUGGGGAUAUAUGUUACGCUUUUAAAAGAUGGAAAAGACGACCUUCUUGCUUUGAUCCCUUUCAUUGAGGCCUGCCCUGUGUUGCACACCGGUUUUUCCCACUCCUGGACUAUCAAGAUCGCCUGGAAAGAGGGCGGCAAAGUUUGUACAAAGUGAUGUUCAAAUUGAAAGAAUACGUGCCCAUAAGCACCUUGCUGCUGUAGAGUUUGCUCGUUUUUCAGGAACUGAAUCAGAGGUGAAUCUAGCAUCUUUUCUGGCCGAGCAUGCUUCCAAUCUUAAAAACUUAAUUUUUAAUAUUCAUCAUUCCCAAAUGGAUGAAAAUACACACAUACAUGUGGACUGUGCAAAUAUUAUUAUGACUGAAAAUAUCAACCUUUGGAGAAAACAAAUACAACUACUUGCAAAGCAAAUUCGAGAAGGUAUUGAUGUGGUGAUUCUAUAAUAAAUUAAAUAGGAUUGUUUUCUUUUGAAAUUGGACGAUUAUAUUGUUUUAGGAUUGUAAAUUAUGAUUUCGGAAUUUAUGUUUAUUGUGUGGCUCUACUAUAUGAUAGUAUAAAUAACUGCAUAUUUAUUAUUCAAUCUCAUGUCACUCUACAUCCUGUUUCUCUAUUUUAAAUGUCUUCUUC